UCCUUCUCAUUUCCUAGGUCCUGCUCUCCCCAGGAAGGUGAGACCCACGAGCUGCAGAAGGGUUUCCAAGCACCCUGGCAGCUGAGAAGUUAUACUGGGCAUCAUGAAUGUCAAUGAUUUUGUAAUUCUCCCAGGCUCAAAAGCUGGAACCUCAGUGAGAUUAAAAACAAAAACUGUCAAGGAAUUGCAGUUGGAGAAAGCUCAGUUAGAAACAGAAAACAAAGAGAUGGAGAGAAGAUUAUUGCAGCUGCAGUUAAACAUGAGCAGAGAAAAAGAAGAGAGGAGGAAAUUAGGUGCUUAUCAUUGGAAAUCUGGGCAGGCAGGACCAAGGACCCCCCAAACCCGAGCUGUGGCACAAAAUAAUGAGAACAGGAAGAAGGUUUCUCCACAAAGAGUGAAGUUACAAGUACUCAAACAGACUGAAGAGCCAGUGAAAAAACCAGUCAAGCCUAAAAAAGGAAAUCCUGUAGCUCAUGAAAAGUUGGGAGUGAAGGGGGUGGGCUACAGACCACCUGAAAUUAAGGGUGGGCUGCUGGAACCAGCCCCAGCAUCGAGCAGUGCAAGCCCUGGGAAGCAGCACAGAGGAUUGCUGCUGAGUGGUGCCUUUGAUGAGAAGGCAUCUGCAGAGUCUUUCCAGGAAGCUUUGCUUGAGUGGAGGAAGGGUGAAAGUGAUCCUGGAGGAGGUCUGUGUGCCACUGAGAUUCCACCAGAACCUGUGGGGAGUUGUGAGGUGCAGACCAAUGUUAGUGCUCUGAAGGAACCCAUCCAUGUGGAAUUCCAGAAGGAUGGCCUGAGCUACAUGGAGAAACUCCUGCUGAAGAAAUACAGAAGAACUCCAGUUGAUCAAUUUUUUGCAAGUUGCAUGAAAGAUUCAAGGCCUGUGCAAGCCCAGAGUGUUCAACAGGAUGGGGCUGAAGGAGGAGGACAAGGAGAUGAUGAUGAUGAUGAUGGCAUUGAGGAGUUAACAGAUGAAGAGGUGAAGAAAUACUGGGCAUCUGUUUAUAGAGCCGAAGAAUCCAACACUGUUCCUGAAAGUGCAGAGUCCUCUGUGAAAAUUGAGUUCCUUGAUGAUUCUCAGAGUGAGGACUUGGAAGAAUCUUCAGACUCUUCAGUAGAGGAAACUGGAGAUGAGGGGGUGAAUAAGCAAGGAAAAACUGACCCACUGGAGGGUAGAAGAGAUCCUGUUUGUCCUAAAGAAAUUUCUCAAGAAAAACUGAAUGUCUGCAGUGAUGUUGAAAUAAAUGCAGUGCAGGAGGAGAGCAUUGAACCAAAGGCUGGGAGAGGAUCCCUGAGCUCCUGUGAACCUCCUGAGGAGAGCUCUGACCCCACUGAAGGAGGGAGCAAGGAUCUCACUGGGGCUGGACUGAGGAGCAGCAGAGAUGUGGAGACAGAGCUGCAGCAGGGCAGGACAGAGCCACAAGGACUGGGCAGGGUCUGCAGCACUCAGAGCUUGGUCCUGCCUGGGACUGCAAAAUCCUCAGCAUUACAGGAUGUAGCCAAAAGACAGAAAUGUGGUUCUACAUCAUAUCAGGGACUUGAAGGUUUCUUUGUUGUAGGUGCAAACCCUAAACAAGAAAAGCUGGAGGCACCUUCUUCCCUGUCUGCUGCCUCCAGCCCUAGGGACAGGACAAUCUCUUUUCCAGGAGAGGAGCAGUGGGUUUCUGAGAGGAGCCUGAGUGAACAUGCUGAUGACUCUGUAGUUCAAGGUGUCUUGGAAAGUCAGCUGAGCAGAGCUGCAAAUGCUUUCCAGGCCCAAAAUCAACUCUCUCAUCUGAUGGCAGCGUGGAUGCCAUGGUCAGACAUUUCAGGCCAUGAAAAUAAUUCCAGCUUAGCUUGUGAGGAUGGAACCUCCUCCAGCAGAGCCAUGGAGAUCUCUGAAAAUGCAGAUUUCCAGAACACCUUGGAGCUGGAAGACCAUGACACAUUUGAUCUUUUUGGGGACUGGGAGGAAAGCCAAAUGGAUGCUGAGGAAGCAAUUCUGGAGGACAAGCAGCAGGUUCUGGCAUUGCAGUGAGCAUGGAAAAGUCAGCUCUGAAUCCACCUUUGGAUGGUUCAGAACCAAGAAGAUCAAGAGGUGUUUUAAGUUCUGCUCAAGACAUCGUUUACUAAGGAAUAUUCUGUGAAGUUGUCAUUAAAACUGCUUAAAAAUAUGUUGAUUUGUCUUUUUAAAAGUUCCUACUAUGAAGAAAUAACAGAAUAAAAGAACUUCUAUUGUGCUGCUAUGUUUAGGAUUGUUUUAUUUAUUGUUUUUAAUUCAAUUUAAGUUUUCUCAUCUGCAGGUGGAAUUUUGUGUCUCCAAAUGUGAUUUUAUGUGGCCAGGCUGGAAGGUGGCACACCAGGGGUAUUAAUGGGAUAAAUUGGGGUUUCUGUGUGAUCUGGUUUGUGGUGAGAAGCACAGGAGAGGGGUCUAUCUGACCCUUUGUCACAUGUUUCAGAAGGGACUUGCACCUUGCAGAAUAGAAUUCAACAGCUUUCCACUGCACAUUUAACUUCUCCUGCCACACUCCUUUCUUCCUAACAGCAGCAGGGAGCCCAGAGCAGCAGCAAACCUCUGCUCAGAAUCAAUUGGGAGUGAAUUCCCUUUCUUUCCCUGCUCCAAAAUUCCAGUUCAGAGGGAUCUGAGUCCAGGCAAAUCCAGCUGUGCUGUAACUUACUGCCUUACAGGCCUUUGAUAAUUAAAAGAACAAAGAGGAAAUGCAGCUAAACUCAUCCUGGGUGGUUUGAAUUUUAACAAACAGCCCCAAGUGUCCUUUUGAACUUGCUGUAUUUGUGUUGUAUAAAAAGCUUUUUUCUUCCUCCUUCCCAGAAAGUGUAAGGUUUAAUGCAAUGAAUAUAAUUUCUGUAAAAGGUCAUUUGGCCAACGUGGUGCUUUGAUGUAAAGAGGGUUUGGGCUCUCUUGUUGAGGAGAUGCUUAAUUGUACCCAGUAAUUGAGUGGCUUUGAAAUUACCUAAAUGGUAUCUUUUGCUAACAUCUGUAGGAUUCUCAGACACAGCAGCUUGCUUAGCUUGAAAAAGUUCUCUUUCCCUUCAUGUGCCUGACUCUCCUCCUUUUGUUUCCUUCUCUGUGGUUUUUAGGGAAAAUUUCCCCCUUCUCCCCUGGUUUUGAUAAUAAAGGUGUAUCAAAAGCAGUGACAAAGAUUUGUCUUUUUGUGUUGGGAAAUUUUGAAAGUGUGAUUAAUUAAAAGCUUUUGUCUGAUAAUUCUUAAAUGUUUAUGGGUGAACUGCCUGGCAGGGCUCUAAAUUCAUGGAAAUUGUUAUCCUCAAACUUUGCUUUAGGAAGAGAAGCUUUAAAUUCUGCUUUCCUGUGUUCAGAGGUGGCAGGUGCCCUUCACUAAUGGAUCAGUGGAAGCAUUCCAGUCUCUGAUUUGGUUUCCUGCAGUUAAACCCACUCUGCUUUGGAUUCUCCCCACGCCCCAGGGCUCUGCUGUGUUAUCUGCCCCCCUCAGCAGCUCUGCACUAAUAUCACACAACACUGUAAUCUUUGCAACAAUUCCUUUUACAGGAAAAAGCACUCCAGCCACCCUAAUUCAUACAAACUAGAGGCAUCAGGCUGAACAGACCAUUGAUUUGAUUUCCUGCCUCAUUUCUUGUCUUUAAGGUGAGGGCAUAUUUUCCACCUCAGUUUUCUUUAUAGAGUUUACCAUAUAUUGAUGUUUUAUUACAGCAGUUCUUUGUCAGAAAUUGGGAGAAUAAAAUCACAAAGCAGGAGUUCUGCUUUGGAGAUGGAGGCCAGUGCUUUUCUCUCAUCAAUGUAACCUUUCUUUUUCAGUUACUCUUCCAGAUAUUCCUAUUACACUCAUUCCACUGGCACAGACAGCCUGACUGCUUCCAUGCUGUUCCCAACCUUUUUUAACAGGAAAACUGAUGAAGCAGCUGCUGCUGCAGUGUGUGCCUCCAGCCCU